AUGCCCUCCAGUCACAACAGAACACCCUUUCAGAACACCCUGCAGGAAGCCGACAUCUCUAUACAGACCCACAUGCACGGUACUGAUGGAUUCUGGGAGGAGACACUCAAGCUUCCCACCAGUGCCCAUGGCACCCUCUAUCCACGGAAGUACUGCACACCAUCCCCCAGGAGCCCCGGGAUCAGAAACAUCCCCAUCUCUUUCAGGCCAGAUAAAGCAGAAGAGACCCCAACAAAGGACCGACAAUUGGCAGACCAGGGCAGAGUGAGGGGUGAUCCCAAUCCUCGCAGUGAACUCCGGGCCACAGACUGGAAAACGCGCGCGGGCGCCCAACGCAGCCUCGUCCUGAGUUACACAAGCGACCGUGCUGGGACGUUUCUCUUUCUUUUCCGGACCCAGCAGUGGCGCCUAAAGUCUGCAAGGAGAAAAUCUCCUGUGUGCUGCAGUGACCCCAGCUCCAGUGACUACAGCUCCAAGGAGAACCAGGCCAGCAAUGAUGCCCAUGAUGGGGAUGGUGGGCUGACAAGACGGCUUUGGGAAAAAAGGGGAAGAAGGCACCACCACAGCUGCCCACUUCUGGAAGGUUCCAUUCCCUGCGGGCCUGGUCUCUACAAGCUCCAUGUCCUGAGUCUGGUCCUCCCCAUCCCGCUGCCAGGAUCUGGAAAGAAACCCAGGAGGAUUCCUCUCCCUCAGGACCAGAGGGAGUUAGACAUUCUAGUGUUGGUCUCAUUUUCCUUCCUUCCUUGUGGGAGGCCAGCCCGGGAGAUCUACAGGCGAUCAGGGAGGCGUCCCGUGCCCCCUGGUACCCGCGCGCUGCAGCGUCUCCUUCCCGUUCUUCUCGUGUCUGCGGAGUCACCCCACAUGCCCUCCAGGUAGGCCCUGACCUGCUUUGCAAAUUC